AUGGCAGAACUUGUUGUCCAUCUUCAAGUAUGGCACUAUAGCACAGCCGAAGGUCGAAGCCCCGAUGCCAACAGAGAGUUUGGUGCCCUCUUUCAAUCCAUCCAAGAUUGGACUGUGAUUGAUGGAGAGAUUGCCGCGGCCACAGAGCUCAAUUUGAGGGAUACAUAUGUCCCAGUCGAGGUGAAGUUUCGCUACGAGAGAUUGGAGUACGACGAUCCAGAGCAAUAUCCAAUAGCCGCCGUCCGGAAGCUGUUCUUCAGAACUGCGCCACAAUUCAUCUACCAGUUCUUCAUUGCGAAAAGAAGCACUCCCCACAACAUGAACAUAUUCCCAGUUGAUGUCGAGGAGAAGGAGAAAUCGCUAUACACACACGUUUAUGUUCUAAACCCACUCCAAAUACCAAUCAACACCUUUAAGAUGCCCGACACAGUGGCAACAGAUGGCGUGCAGGACUGGUUCCAAACUGUUGCCAAUGACAACACCGUCUGCGACGUUCCGGGUAUCUUGGCUGCCACUGUUAGCCUCUAUCUCAUGUACCAGAGCAACAUCAUGCAAGGGAGGGAUAAUAGUCAGAUUAGUAGCCAAAUAGGGGCAAAGUAUUGCCAAGUUUUCAAUGAGGUCCUGCCAGAGAGCUUUGUCCAGCUGCGAGCAAUGUUACAACAGUCUGGCUCUGUGACAAAGUUCAUCCAAAGCAACAAUCACGCCUCGGAGCCUGAAGCUCCAAUCAUUGAUUUGGACAUGGCACUGCGUAACGCCGGUGAUCCCUUGAGGGAAUACGCGCGCCUAGCCAACGGCAUGCAUGACAAGUUAAUGCAACUAGAGAAACAGGAAACGGCCAUCUCCAACCAAGACCUAUACGAACUCGUCCAGAUUUCCUCCGCCGCGGCGCUUCAGUUCUCCAAGCUGAAGCAAGCUGUACGUCCCGUGAUCAAGUUUCUCGAGGAAGAUUACAACACUGCGGUCAGUGGCUCCAAAAAGAAGGUGGCAGGCAUAGGCGCGCUCGGAGCUGGCGUCACCGCCGUGGCAGUUGUUGCAGCCUUAUGCUGGUGGAAUCCUGUCGGAUGGGCUGCGGCUCUCGGUGCAUGUGGAAUCGGAGGAUUGGGUGCAGGAGGAGCCGGAGGUGCCGCAGGAGUUGCAGUAGGAGGUGUUGCAGGAUAUAAGAAGCAUCGCAGCUUCGAUUCGAAAGGCAACGAAGCCUGCCUCAAGGUGGAAAGGGUCAAAGAGUUUAGCAUCAACGUAAAGGAGCUGGACGACUGUGCCGACCAGGCUCGAAAAGCCAUUGCGAUAAUAUUCUGUGACCAGGUUAUGCAGAAAGACCUGAAUGUCUCUUUACCGGAGCAUGAAAGGAGGAGUAUUCUCGACACGCUCGCCGUUGAUAUGGACGCCGUUUCUAGUUCUGCUUACACCAAGGGGGUUAUUCGCGAUCGGAUAAGUGAGUUCCGUAAGCAAAACGAAAAACUGUGCGAAAGCAUCAAGAUGGUAUGCCAAGAUGCCAACGUUGAAUCCGCUAUCAAAGAAAAACGUAUCUAA